AUGUCUAAAUGUGGAACUCACGAACCAUACGUUGGGUACAAUGCAAUUCGUGAUUGGAAAGAACUUGACAAUGGUUGGGCACUUAAGUUUUUACGAGAAGCAGAAAAAUUAGGCCAAGAAAAUUUUACAAACUUAAAGACAAAGAAUAAUGUGCGAGCACGACUGAAAAGAUUUGCUUACAAAGUAAUAUUCUACAAUACUCCUCAACAAAUACCAGAAGAAGUUGAUACUCAAGAAUCAGUUCUUUGUGGUGUUUGCCUGGAUGAAAUUGACCCACAAAUUUUGAAACCGAUCACUAUAUUG